GACUUCGGGUGUGGUCAUUGACGUCUUGUUUUAGUUGACGAACAAGAUGGCGUCGAGCGAAGAAAGCUCCACACAUACUCGAACUAUACAAAAAAGAGCCAAGAAAACUCAGGAUCAGGCUUGUCAAUUUGAUUCUUCGCUACUCGAAGAAGAAACAGCCACGUGUGAAGCCUGUAGCCAGAUAUCCUGCUCGAGAGAUGCCCUAGAAAAUUGCUACUCACAACCUCAUGUUAUACAGCUUGACCCAGAGGGACAUGUACAGAGAACGACAGUAAUCAGAGUGGUACCAGCAGAUGAAGAUGAUUAUCAGAGAUCAGACUCUCCUCUUCGAUAUAACAGUGGCCGUUGUAAUGGGAAAGAUAGUCCACCAACUGUUAUUGUAUCCCCUGGUGACCACAUAAAAGAAGAGUAUUUAAUACCGACAGAUGAAGAUUACCCUUCUACGCAUUCUCCACACAUUGCUUCAGAUGAUGGAGACAGCCCAACCAUGGUUAAAGAUCCACGUCGCACUUCAGAGUUAAAAACUCAUGACGGUAUGAAGAGAAGACGGGUUCACAAGUGUGAUUAUGAGGGCUGCACAAAAGUGUAUACAAAAAGUUCACACCUAAAGGCACAUCGCCGUACACAUACUGGUGAAAAACCCUACAAGUGUUCAUGGGAAGGCUGCACUUGGCGGUUUGCAAGAUCUGACGAACUUACGAGACACUACAGAAAACAUACUGGAGCAAAACCGUUCAAGUGCGUUCAUUGUGAGCGAUGCUUCUCAAGAUCGGAUCACUUGUCUCUUCAUAUGAAGCGACAUUGACUAGAGACGUUGGGCACCUCAUGAAAGAAACCCCAAAUCAAGCACACCUACCCCUGACCAGUCAUUACAACAGAGCUUGUAUUUGUCUGGAAAUCUCAAGACCUUUGCAUGAGGUGAAUGCGACAUGUAGCUUGCAACAAUCUGCGUGCUUCAUGAAACAAUAGGUGAAAGACAUGUAUUCAGUUAUUAAGCACAAAAAUCUACAACGGCAGCCAUAUGUACUCUGAAAUAGACAGCUCUACAGCGGUACAGGGUUAUUUUCUUGAACAAGGUACUUGUUCAGUGAUUUGUAUAUAGAAUAACAUACAUCUAAGGAGAUUAUUAGCAAGAUAUCUUAGUGUUUUCCUGCAAUAUAUUUAAAAUUUGUGAAUUAUUUCCAUAUGACAUGAUUUUUUUAAUAUUUAGCCACCUCUAGAAUUGAGUUGCAAAUCAGAAUCUACCAAAAGAGCACUUUGUCUUUAAAGCAUUUGAAAGAGGAUUGUUGCUAAUUUUUCUAACGAUAUAUAUUGCACCUUGUUCUGUCAUAGUUACUAGCCAUUUCAAGGUCACUGGUUAGCAUUUUAGAUUAACAAUAUCCAGUAGUGGUUUACCUCAUGGUACCCCUCUACUGUAGAGUGGAUUUUGUACACUUGAAGAGUUACCCCACAAGAAAAUGCCAUUUUAUUCUUUCAUCAGGGUAACCCGUAACAUGGUAGCCGCAUGGCACUAAAUUUUCCACUACUGAAUGAAGUAUACACUGAAUCGAAAAAUGGUGACCAAUUUGAAUAACUAUUGUUCUGGACUGACUAGUUUUUCAUACAUGUCAAAAUGCUUUUACUUUUCCACAUUACUUUUCUCAUGUUCACAUGGAAAAGUAAAAGCAUUUUGACAUGUAUGAAAGUUAGUCCAGAACAAUAGUUAUUCAAAUUGGUUGCCCUAUUUCGAUGCARAACUUUCCAGAACUAAUACCUAAAUGCCCCAAAUCUAAUAGACCCUUUUUGAGUUCCAAAUUACCGCUGUGUUUCUUGAUUACAGACUCAUUUACUCAGACUUGAAUCAGUGUCUAAUUACUCGCAAAUACCAAAAUAAUGUAAUGUAAAGAAUGCACRAGUUCAACAAUACGAACACUUCGAAACUUGACGGACCRUGACUGGAACAUGUGAACAUUCUUCACAAAAUCGAGGCUAAGCCUGAGUAAAUGAGUCUGUAUUCAAGAAACACAGCAGUACUUUGGAACUCGAAAAGGGUCUAUUCUAGAUUAGCAAUUGUCAACUUUACAUUGUCAUCAUCCUGAACACACAAGAAUAACACAUUGUAAAUUAUCUUGGUCACRAAUUUGUAUUGAGCAAAAGUCGAAGAUCAAAGGAUCAAAGUAUGUCAUGUGCCCUUGUGCUGUAUUCUUUUUAUGUACAAAAUUCACUAGAUUCACAAACUAAAUAUGGCUUUAUUAACACUUAUCAUUCCUCUUUCAAACAACACCAACUUUGACCUCAAGUUUAAUCAAAAUAUUAUGUCAAUAGGAAGAAAAAUUGUUGGAGUCAGCAAUAGCCUUUAUUUUCACAAUGUCAAUCCGGAAUGCUUAAGAAUGAGGCUCAGAGGGCACAGAAGAAUUUCGUAAAAUUGAAAUUUUUGUUUGAAGUGUGAAGAUUUGUUGUCAUUGUGACUAAAAUUAAAGCAAAAUUUUAAUUGGAGCGUAGUGUUACUUCUAUUGUGUCCAUUAUGGAAAGAUAUGGAUAUACAAAUGUUGACGCUUCUGACAAAAAUUUGGGAAAUUCAAUAUGCAAGAAAAGACCCAUUUGUUGAGAACCUCCAAUGAAAAGAAAAAUGUGGGCUUUGACUGCUGCAAUAGUUUUCUAAACAUUUGAUUUUAGUGAACACAACUACUUGCAAAUGAUUUUUAGUUUGAAUUUCCUCAUUUAGGCAAUAUUUUUUGUCUUAGCAAUUUCUCUGCAUGAUAUAUAAGUGCAGAGGAUGUGUCUUUAAAGAAUUUCUCAAAGCAAUUUCAUAAAUAUAGGGCAGCAUUGCAGCAUGCAUUAAAUUUCUAUCAAAGAGUUCUUUUGAGUUAAUUGCCAAAGAAAGGUCUUUAUACCAGAUAAAUGAUUAUAGUUUGUUAACCAAAACCCAAAAGCAGAGACUCCCUGCAUAGCAAUAGUUUCAAAGAUAUACUUUUGUAUGCCAAGACUAACCUAGCCUACAGAGUUUUAUCCUCGCUGAAGGACAUUUUGGAACGGAUAUUUGAAAUUGACUCAAUUUAUCUCUAACCAAUGACAUGCAAUAGGCUUCUAACGAGGUCAAUAUUUUCUUAGCUAGUACACGUUUAAUGAACAAUUGCAAUAUGCCGUUAGUUAUAAUAGCAGAGUGGAAAUAGGAAAUUAACCCAUGAAAAAUUAUUAAGAGUGUAAUAAAUGUUGAAAAUCCUUGAUUUUCUAUCAUUUUCUAAUUAUUAGUUAAUAGUUCUUCAUGGGUUUAGGGUGUAAGUAUAGGGAAUACCAUCAUUCAAGAAGAAUUAAUGAAAAAUACCAUAAGCAUUUGAUGAAAGUGGCUAAUACCACUCAUGCUAGCCAUGCACUUGUGGUAGUACGGCCACUUUCAUCAAAAAUAAUGCACAUUUUCAUUGAUUCUUCGAAAACUAAUUAGGUAUUUCCUUUAAAUAAUAAUACAUUUGCAUAAAACACCUAACUUUUAAAAUAUUUUACAAUUGUAUCGAUAGACAAUUAUCUGUUGCUGGCUGUUUCUUAGCUUGAUCAAGGGGAUAAAGCUCCAAGAUUUCAUUUAAUACUCUUCAAAUAAAUGACAGCAAAAGUAGUGUAGGAACAAGCUCAAAGAUAUUAAAUUUUGAAGGAUUAAUUCACUAAUAGAAAUUGAUACAGAAAUUUAGGAUUUGUGUUCUAGUUCUAUAUAUAUAUAUAUACAUAUAUGUUUAUAAGAGAAUAAAAAUACACCACACAUUGGAUCAUCACUGAACAGUUCAAAUAGAUAUCUUUUACUCAACUAAAAUUAUAGCAAGUUUAGUUAAACUUGAAGGAAUUCUCAAUAGAAACUCGCACUAUUGUGACAUGAUGCUCGUACAUGCUUUCAGGAUGGUAAACGGUUAUUAAUGAAAUGUAAUUUGACCGUUUUUAUUUUUUCGAAGAAAGUAAACCUGCUUGUACUUUGAGAUAUUCUUUAUAGGGAAUUCAUGCUAAACCCAAUGCUCUGUGAGUAUUGGAAUCGACUGUAUGUAUAGUAAAACAAGGACUACUCUCAGAAGCAGUUUCAACUUCCAUCUYGUAAUUCUUCAGCGUCAUUUGAGUGUUUUGUAUUUGUCAAACCAUUUAUUCAUUAUAAAUCAAGGAGUAGAAAAUAAAUUUUGCCAAAGAAUAUUCUCAGAGUGCCUGUGUGUGUGUGGUGCUAAGGAUUACAGGUGGAACAUUUGGACUGCACUUCUGUUAACUAUAUUGCCUGGUGCAAUUAUUUCAAAAACAAAUACAAAGAUAAGGGAAUUCUGUGUUUAGUCGUUUGUGUUGCUUCUCACUCUGCUGUAAUCAUUAAACUGUAUCUAUAUGUUUGUGCAUUGUUCAUGUUUCUCAAAUGUCGGACAUUACGCACAAAUUCAAUAAAAUGACAGUAUGUAUGUA